AUGGACCGCAUGCAAACACAAAUAGGGAACAGGCAUGCUUCCACUCCGUUUCAGAGCCAAGUAGGUGCAGCGAGCAGUGCCAGGAAACGGUACAGAGGCGGCGAAGCGCAGCGUCGCCCCAACUCCCAGGCAUCUCACGAGACGGGGGCCAAGAGCAGGCAGCAGCACGCUGCAGAGCGUGCCUACUCGCCGUCAGCAACGUCAUGGGAAGCGAAAACCGGACGCCUCUCCGACGGCGUGGGCUCCAGCAGACGGACACCUGCAGUUGGCCGUGAAGUGUUUGACUCGCCGACGCCAGAAAGCGAACCAGCAUCCUCGUGUGCGUCGCCUCAAGACCCGGUGGAGGAUAUGGACUCGUUGGAACCCUGGAUCCAGAAACAACUGGUGGCGCUGCGAGCAGAGCACGGAGGAGGCACGACGCGCUGGCCCAAGUACCUCGGCAGUAUUCUAGUCCCGGUUCGCGCCACUGCCACGCUUGAGCCCAUGGCGGUGACGAGUGGCGCGGAGCUGGUGCUCAAGGUGAGCCCAAUUAUGUCCAACGGAACGGGAAGUCUGGGUCGUCACAACCGCAACCGGCAGCGUCAGCGACUGCGCUUCGCAGUGCGGGUGUGCACCGCUGAGCACGGCCGCGAGUUUGGGCGUCUUGAGCCGCUGGAAGCGCUCGAUCUACCAACUUGCCUCGGUGCUUUGCAGAGCGCCAAUCUGAUUAUAGCGCGAGCUCGAGCGGUGGACUGCCCGCUGCACAUUCGAUUCGCCUGUGUGUUUAUUGCCGAGGUUGCCAUAUUUGCUGCCAAGUCUAUGUUUUCCUUCGCUGCACCCGGGGAGCGUAGCGGUCGGCGACCUGCAGGCUUCGACGCGGACCAGGAGGAUGCACUCACGCACUGGAUUGCACAGCUCUUCCACUCCCUAACCGGUUCAGGGACGGACACCAACGAAACAACGGCUCUGAGUUCGGAUACCAUUACCCAUACCAAGGCGCGAAUCGAAGCACCCGGAGAGCGGGGCUCCGCUUCGGUAACCAAGUGCCUACGCACUGAGGCCUUCCGCCCCGAGGACGCCGUCCAGUGGAUCCUAGCCGCUGCCGAAAACGUCCAUGUUGAUGCACCACCGGUGCCGGUGCCGCCACUGUUGGCGUCGACGCUGCGUCCGUACCAACAGAGUGCCCUGAACUGGAUGGUUGCUCGCGAACGAGCUCCAAGUCAUACUCCAAGUAGCGACGAUACCCAACAAACCUGGCGGGAGCAGCGUCUCCCCGAUGGAACGCGCUACUUCCAGCAUCGAGUAUCGGGCCGGGUAUCGCUGCAGCCGCCGAUGACGUCGCCGGCGGUAGCCGGAGGCAUCCUAGCGGACGAAAUGGGACUCGGGAAAACCGUCGAAGCGAUUUCGUUAAUGUUGGCAAACCCACGACCUCCCCAGGAGCAGACACGACUCGACCGACAGGCAGCGCUGUUCACGAAGCAUCCCGAGCGCGUCACCACCGAGUCGCACCGCGAAAACGAGUCCGAUACGAAGGCUGGUGGACGUCGAGCUGCCAAUGCCGCAGCCGCAGCUCAAACCAGACGGUCGCUCGUCGACAGCUGCUGUGGCGGUACGCUGAUUGUCUGCCCCAUGUCGAUUCUCAGUCAGUGGUGCGCUGAACUCAACACUCAUGUCGCCGAUGAUGCCGAUUUCAUUGUCCAUAUCUACUACGCGAAUGAUCGCGAGACGGAUCCCUUGGUCUUGGCGCGUUUUCAGGUGGUGAUUACCACCUACGGUACCCUGUAUUCGACCUGGAAAAGCACCCAACAAACUGAAUCCGCGGAGGCGCGCGGUUUGUACGCACUUCGCUGGCAUCGACUGAUCCUGGACGAGGCGCAUGUCAUCAAGAAUCCCAGCAGUGGCUGCUCUCGUGCCGUGCUCGACCUGAGAAGCCGUUACCGCUGGGCUCUGACGGGAACCCCGUUGCAGAACAAUCUCGAAGACAUCUAUCCGCUGUUGCGGUUUCUGGCGGUGGAACCCUGGUCAGAUGCCUCGCUUUGGAAACGGUACAUAGCGCGUCCCUUCGAGUCAGGUCAAGCGGCAAAGAUGCAGGCAGCGCUCUCGCUUUUGUCAUCGAUUCUUCAACCGCUGAUGCUACGUCGAACGAAGCGCACACUGGACGAGCACACUGGUGCACCGAUUCUGGAGCUACCCGCCAAGCAGACGGAGGUCGUAUACGUAGACCUAUCUGCUGCCGAACGACAGCUCUAUGAUGCCGUUUACAAGGCAAGUCGAGCGCGCUUUUCCACGUUUUUGGCAGACAAUCAGAUCACCUUUUACUUGACGACGGUAUUUGAAAUGUUGAUGCGCAUUCGACAGCUCUGCGAUCAUCCGCUCCUGAUCAUGUCCUGCCCGGCACGCGACCUGCAUAUUCUCCAGGAUGUGCAGAAGUUUAUGCAACGCUUGACGGAAGGCCGAGGAUCAGACCAGGCGACCACGUACCUGGAAACGUUGGCGGGCCAGUUGCAGCAGAGUCUGCACGAUGAGCGCUCCAUCGAGUCCAGUACGAACACCAAACCCUUGUGUCCGAUCUGUUUGGAGAGCAUCGAUGACGCAGUGGCUUUACGGAACUGCGCGCAUGUCUUCUGUCGAGACUGCAUCUUGACGUUGCUGCUGAGCAAUCGACACGGGAACGCCCAAUGUCCCGUGUGUCGGAAAGGCUGCUCUUUUGCCGAUGUGAUGAGUACGCCGCGUCGGUCUCGCUUUCGCGUCGACCUGGAGAGGGGUUUCUUCCUCAGCACCAAGCUCGCGAGACUCGUCAAUGAUCUCGUCGAAGCAGUGCAGGCGUUCGAGCGCGAUCCUGUUCGGCACGGCAAAUGUGUGGUGUUCUCCCAGUGGACCGGUAUGCUGGACCUGAUUGAACGAGCGCUGCAAGCAUGGAAUCACGAGCACGCUCGAACGCUGUUUCAAGUGGGGCGUCUUGAUGGCACGCUCUCCCAGAGCCGACGAACAGCGGUACUCGAGGCGUUUGCCACGAUGAAUCCGUCUACCUCGGCCGCAACCGCCACUGGACGGAUGAACGUGCUCUUAGCUUCGCUUCGUGCGGGAGGCGUUGGUUUGAACCUCACCGCCGCCUCCUCCGUCUUUUUGGUGGAUCCCUGGUGGAAUCCUUAUGUAGAAGAGCAGGCCAUGGAUCGGGUUCAUCGAAUGGGACAGACUCGUACUGUACAGAUUCGGCGUUACAUCGUUCGAGACUCUGUCGAGGAGCGUAUGCUCUUGCUUCAGGACAAGAAACGGAGCAUGGUAGAGGAUGCACUCGGCAGUUCUGGUACAGAGAAUCAAUCGAGUCGACUGGCGGACCUGCUCUUACUGUUUUCCUUGGACGCUGGCGGUGCCACGGGAUCUCGCUCGAAGCGGCUAUGA